AUGGCAAUCAACUUCGCCCCAGACAAGUCCGUCUCCGAAUCGUCCCGCCAAACUCUGCUGGGUUGGCGAUACUGCUCUACGUGUACUCUACGGGCGCAGUUUCUUUGUUCUGCGCAUGUCCAGCGAGCGGGAGCAUUCAUCAACAUGCGCGCUGCCACCGACAUGUCAUGCACCCCGGCGACGCCGUCAUGGUGUCUAUCUACGUGGUCUCUUGACCCAGAACAAGUCCCAGCAAGUACAAGACCAAGACUGGCAAAACCACCCAUGACCAGCCCAGCACCCGCCAUCCAGAAAGCAAAAAAUACACAGCCUCGCUCGGAGCGCCAACCGAGCCCCGAGGCCUGGAGCGAUGCGAUGCAGCCAGCAAAGACCGACGCUAUUACCCCACAUUUUGGCGAUCCUGGUUCCCCGCCUUCUUACCACGUUCGAACACUCGCCGCACACGUUGAACUCGCCGCCGCACCAGCCUUCUGA